AUGCGGGAUGAAAGGAGCGGGACAGGAGGAGGCCCUGGGGGGGCCGUGGACAGUGGUCUCUUUGUGCACAGGAAGCGGGUGGCUUGGGCUGCUGCCCAGGGUGGCGCCCGGGCCCGUGGCUGGGGCCCAGCUCCGGAAUCACUGCCUGCAGCCGGUGUCCACAAGGCAACUCAAGCUCCGCACACAGCGGCGGCUGAGACCGUGGGUCCCUUCGGUGAGUCUGCACGGCCGUGUGGGACUCGGGCGGUCAGCGCUUGGCUGCAGCGUCCGGGAGCUCGGGAGCCUGGGCCCUUGGGCUCGGGCCUGGCCAAGGCAGGCGUGGUGGCUGCGCUGCUCAACGUUAACCUGCGGCGUGAGCCCCUGGCCUUCUGCCUGAGCACCUCGGGUGCCAAGGCACUCAUCUACGGCGGGGAGAUGGCAGCGGCGGUGGCUGAGGUGAGCGCGCAGCUGGGGAAGAGCCUGGCGAAGUUCUGUACCGGAGACCUGGGGCCGGAGAGCCUGCUGCCCGACAGCCGUCCUCUGGACGCCAUGCUGAAGGAGGCCCGCCCCGCGCCCCUGGCCCUGACCCUGAGCGAGGGCAUGGAUGAUCGCCUCUUCUACAUCUACACGUCGGGGACCACAGGGCUGCCCAAGGCCGCCAUCGUGGUGCACAGCAGGUACUACCGCAUCGCAGCCUUCGGCCACCACUCCUACAGCAUGCGUGAGGCGGAUGUGUUGUAUGACUGCCUGCCCCUGUACCAUUCGGCAGGCAACAUCAUGGGUGUGGGGCAGUGCAUCAUCUACGGGCUCACGGUGGUGCUGCGUAAGAAGUUCUCCGCCAGCCGCUUCUGGGAUGACUGCAUCAAAUACAACUGCACGGUGGUGCAGUACAUCGCCGUGGGCAACGGGCUGCGCCCCGCCAUCUGGGAGGAGUUCGCGCGGCGCUUCCGGGUGCGGCAGAUCGGGGAGUUCUACGGCGCCACCGAGUGCAACUGCAGCAUCGCCAACAUGGACGGCAAGGUGCGGGCAGACGGGGACUCAGGACUAGAGGGGCGAGCGCACGAGGCCUGGCUAAGCAGCAUUUCUACAAAAUGGAUGGAGGAUGGGCAGGGCCGCCGGCGUCAGACAGGAGGCAAAAACCCAGUAGUCAGGCGCAGGUGCGCACACCCCGUGGCCGUGUACGGCGUGGCUGUGCCAGGAGUGGAGGGCCGAGCGGGCAUGGCGGCCAUCGCGGACCCCCACGGCCAGGUAGACCCCAACUCCAUGUACCAGGAGCUGCAGAAGGUGCUGGCGCCCUACGCGCGGCCCAUGUUCCUGCGCCUGCUGCCGCAGGUGGACACCACAGGUACCUUCAAGAUUCAGAAGACCCGGCUGCAGCGCGAGGGCUUCGACCUGCGCCAGACCUCGGACCGGCUGUUCUUCCUGGACCUGAAGCAGGGCCACUACCUGCCGCUGGACGAGGCGGUGCACGCGCAGAUCUGCUCCGGCGCCUUCGCGCUCUGACAGGAGGGCCAGGGCGCCUGCGCGGCCAGCGGAUAGAGGACCCCCCCCACGGGGUGCGCUUGCGCAGAUCUGCGCCCCCCCAUGAAGGGAGUGCGCAUGUGGUCCUCGCUGGGGUGCUCGUCGCUUGCCCGACACUUGCCCUGCAGCGGUGGACUGGGAGCUGGAUGUCUCUCCCCUCUGUGCCUUAGGACGGGGGCUGCGGGGGCUGCUCCCCGCCCCUCGACCGGAA